AGUUCAGACUUCAGAUUUAGUUUAGAGGUGGGAUAUGUUAGCAGUGUAGAAUAAAAUACGUGUGACGGGUUAACCUAGAAUAUCGAAAUAUUCCUUGUGUUUGCGUGCAAUAUAAUAACAACGUCAAGUGUUUGUGCAAUAUGCUAUUGAGGACAAAAAGAUAGCUGGUUUAUUUCAGAAACACUUGCUUGCAUCUCAUACACAUGAAGAUUUUCGAAUUCGGGAGAACCUGACGCAUUUUCAAAAGCUGAGCCUGUGAACAAAAUCGUAGAAAAUAUCAAUCAAAAUUAUGCUCUCUAAAGAUAAUACAAAAUAAUAUCUCUAUUUUAAAGUAUAAUCAAAUAGUCCAUUAUCAUAUUCAAAUAAAGUUUGUGUGGUAUUUAUAAUCAAAUCAGUUACUUGUGAACUAAGUGGUUACAUUAUUUGUAUACAAUUUAUGCCUACACAAUUUUUUCAAUCCAUUUUUAACAUCGAUCAAAAACAUAGUUUUUUUAAUUUUUUUUAGAAAUCACCAUUCGAUCAAACUAAAAGAACAAAAACGUACCUAUUAUUCUUCCAUUCGAAGCUUUCUAUUAUCAAUUCUUAAUUACUAAUCUUUCUAUCAUCAAUUUUGUAUUUCCUGUAUUUUAACUCUUUCAUACCACUUUCCAAUGAAACAAACCUGUGGGAGUUUUUAAUUAGUUUUGGGGAAAUUUCUGUUUAUCGGGUUGGGGUUGUGCUACGGAACAAAAUCGGCGUAUCAUAUUUUGGAGCCUGUAUCAUUUGCUCCAUUGCAAGCAAUGGGCAGAAGUGUGAGUUUGUGUAGUGAUAGUGGGGCAACGCGUUGCAUGGCAUUGCUUGUGCUUGCAACGCUGUUGGUGAUUGGUAGUUGUGAAGUGGCCUUGAAACGGAAACCGGUUGUCUACAUGAACCAGUUCGCCGUUCACAUACCAACUGGUGACGAGGAUGCCAGUUCUAUAGCAGCGAAACAUGGAUUUCGAAAUAUUGGACAGAUUGGCGCGUUGAAAGGCUUCUAUCUGUUUGAACAUCAGAGAGUUCACAAGCGGUCAACCCUACACAAUGAUGAGCAUCAUGGAAAGCUACAUCAGGAACCAAGGGUAUUAUGGGUACAGCAACAGCACGAGAAACGUCGCGUGAAGCGUGACUUCGGCGACAGCUUUGCGACGUUCGGAAGCGACUUUUCUGGUCUGUACGACACAGGCGACGCUGUACAGGUGUCAGCCUCGCAUCGCCCGCACUACAGGGGCGCGCCCUUCCCUGAUCCACUCUACAAGGAGCAAUGGUACCUGAAUGGAGGGGCCAAAGAUGGCUACGACAUGAACAUUGCGCAUGCGUGGGAAAAGGGCUACACUGGAAAAGGUGUCGUUGUGUCGAUUCUAGAUGAUGGCAUUCAGACUAAUCACCCGGAUUUGGCUCUUAACUAUGACGCAUUGGCCAGCACAGACAUCAACGACAACGACAACGAUCCGAUGCCACGUGACAACGGCGACAACAAACAUGGCACCCGUUGUGCGGGCGAAGUGGCCGCGGUGGCUUUCAACCAGUACUGCGGUAUAGGAGUCGCCUACAAUGCCAGCAUCGGAGGAGUUCGAAUGUUGGAUGGAACAGUGAACGACGCGGUGGAGGCGAGGGCGUUGGGUUUGAAUCCCGACCACAUUGACAUCUACAGCGCGUCGUGGGGCCCUGAGGAUGACGGCAAGACUGUCGAUGGACCAGGACCUCUGGCCAGGAGAGCCUUCAUCAAUGGAGUCACUGCUGGCAGAAAAGGCAAAGGUUCGAUAUUUGUGUGGGCAUCAGGCAAUGGAGGGAGACACACUGAUUCGUGCAACUGCGAUGGAUAUACUAACAGCAUCUUCACCCUGUCAAUCUCCAGUGCUACACAAGGAGGGUGAGUACCCUUAUAACAGUAGGCCUAUCUUUAUAAGAGUUGAACAUUUCUAGCAAAAAAAUAAGAGUUUAAUGGGUCUCAAACUCGCAACCUCUGAUUCAUCAAGCGCGCACACUACCAACUAU